GGUUUAAACUGGUUUUAAUCCGCGGGGUGAAUACCCCUCGGAGUCCAGUCCAAUGUUAUUCUACUGCAAACAUUGCCAUGGGGCUAAAGUUCAUUCCUCUCGAGACGCGUCCAGAGCAGGUCUCACUGAAGAAUGCUGGGAAAAGUGGCAUCCCUCCUUCAAAGAGUUGGACCUUCAGCAUCCCACAAUGCAUUUCUAACACGGUGUUUUCUGCAUGGCAGCCUCCUCAGGAUUCACCCUUCAGUCUCGGAGGCCCUUGCCAGUCAGGAGCCUGUGGUUGCUUUAGAAAGCACCAUCAUCACUCAUGGCAUGCCGUACCCUCACAACCUCAGGACCGCUCAAGAGGUUGAGGGCAUCGUGAGGGCCAGUGGAGCCACGCCAGCAACCGUGGGGGUCCUGGGGGGGCGGGUGCACGUGGGCCUGUCUGAGGAGGAGCUUUGCUUCCUGGCCCGCAGCGAGGCCCCCCUCAAAGUGUCUCGCAGGGACCUGCCCUACGCGCUGAGCCAGGGUCUCUCCGGCGGCACCACGGUCUCUGCCACGAUGACGGCAGCUCAUCGAGCUGGGAUCCCCGUGUUUGUGACGGGAGGGGUGGGAGGAGUCCAUCGAGGAGGAGAGAGCACGAUGGAUGUCAGUGCUGACCUGACGGAGCUGGGGCGCACGCCUGUGGCCGUGGUGUCAGCUGGGGUCAAAUCCAUACUGGACAUCGGCCGGACACUGGAGUAUCUGGAGACUCAGGGGGUUUGUGUUGCCACGUUCGGCAGCUCCCGGGAUUUCCCAGCAUUUUUUGCGCCCCGGAGUGGCUUCGUCUCGCCGUACAACGUGAAGGACGAGCGAGAGGCUGCCGCACUGAUUGCCAGCGCUCUGGCUCUAGGGCUGGGCAGUGGGGUGCUGAUCGCAGUGCCAAUCCCAGAAGAACAGGCUGCUGUGGGACAGGAGAUUGAAGAGGCCAUCCAGAGAGCCCUGACAGAGAGCAGAGAGAAAGGGAUUACAGGAAGAGAAGUCACUCCAUUUGUUCUGAAGAGGGUCAGUGAGCUGACCCAGGGGAAGUCUCUGGAAGCCAACAUGGCGCUGAUUCGUAACAAUGCAGUGGUGGGCAGUGGGAUAGCCCGGGCCCUGGUCACACUGCGACAGGAGGGACAGACCCCCAGCAUGAGGAGGGAGAGACAGACGGACCAGGCCAGCGCAGUGGUGAUCGGAGGGAUCAAUGUGGACUUCAUAGCGAAGGUCAAACAGGAAAAGCUGGUGAUGGGACAGACGAAUCCAGGAAGUGUCGGUCAGUCGUUUGGGGGCGUGGGUAGAAACCUGGCAGACUGUUUAACUCGUCUCGGGGUGCAGCCUCUCUUUAUCUCUGCUCUUGGAGUCGAUGCGCUCUCAGAGUCUGCACUCAGUUACUGCACACACAUGAACACGAGUGGGGUUGCUAGGCUACAGGACCACAGCACGGCGACGUACUGCGCUGUCAUCACAGAGAAAGGAGAGCUGGGCGUGGGGGUGGGAGAUAUGGACAUCCACCAGCGAAUCACAGAGCAGUAUGUCUCCAGGUUUGAAGAGCGCUUGGCGACGGCCUCGCUGGUGUGUCUGGACGGCAACAUCCCUGUUUCAACCAUAGACUACGUGUGUGGGAUUGCCAGCAAGCACCGGGUCCCAGUGUGGUUUGAGCCGACCAACGUGGACAAGGCCUGCAAGCCAUUCCUGUCUGACAGCUGGAAGGCUCUUUCUUUCUUCUCUCCCAACCUGGCGGAGCUGCGUGCGGUGAACCAGGCCCUGGGGCUCCCUGUCCCCGCAGUGGUGCCGUCCUCGCUGGACGAUGUCCUGGGCAGCGCGCUGGCUCUCUCUCGCCCCCUGCUGGAGCACCUGCGCUGUGUGGUGGUGACGCUCGGGCCCCACGGAGUCCUGCUUUGUGGAGAUGCUGAGGGGGGGGCAGUGAGCCUUCAGGGAGCAGAAUACAAACACCAGCCGGGGGGGAGGCUGUGUGGAGUUCACUACCCAGCGAUCCCCAUCUCCGCGGGGGACAUUGUGAAUGUCUCGGGGGCCGGAGACAGCUUGGCGGCUGGACUGAUGGCAGGGAUGCUUCAGGGCCAGGACUCGGACACCUGUGUGAAGAUGGGGCUCCUGGCCGCCGACAUGUCUCUUAGGUCACAUGACCCUGUCUCUCCCGCGCUCAGCAGCACCACCGUCAGCCCGGAGCAGGUCAGAGCGCGACGCUGGCCCCCAGUCACCUGGCAGUGGCCAGGCUGAACCAGCACCGCAGCGGCAAGCUUGCCUUCGCUCACGCCUCAGCUGCAUGUUUCCUUCAUUGAAGACUAUGUAUUGUUACUGUGAGAAAUGGACCCCUGUAGAGAGCAGACUUGCACAUCGUUAUCCUUUAUAGAAAUCAGCCAACAGUAAAGAUAAUUAGCAAAAAUUCUGACAAAUGUUUAGAUCAGAAAGUCUUUUUCAAUGUUGUUUAGUAACAAUUGAGAUAGAAGCUAAAGAAUGAGCAUUUUAGAUUGCAUACCCAAGCUGGUGAUGAAUGACACGUUGCGCUAAUUUAACAAAUUGGUGUUGAUUGAAUAAUCUGUAAUUAAGAAACUAAUACCUAGUCUGCCUAGUAUAAAGUGCAAAAUACAUUAAUUUUUAUUUCAUGCAAAAUUAUUUGUAAACUCUUUUUUUCAUAUCUGGUCUUGGUCAAUAAAGCAAUGAAAAUCCCU